CCAUAACGUUUACGCCCCCGUGCCCCUGCCCUGCAGUGCCUGGUGGUACCCCGUGCCAGCGUCUCCUCUCUCAGAGGUCCGCGAGUCGUGGCACCGCUCAUGUGUCCCCCGCCCUCACUGGCUGUGCGUAAAGCUUUCGGGUCAUAUGCAUAUGGUUUGGGAUGAGAGGAUAGGGGCGCUGACAGCAGCGGCACAAUAGCGACAUCUAGUGGCUCACUGGAGGCAACUUUGAACUUUUAGAGUUUUUAUGAAUGUUUUGCUCAUGUUUCAGUCAGGCUAAGAUUUUUAGAAAAUCCUUCUGUAGGGCUGCUUCGUUUUUCAUCUAUAAAAGCACGCAAAUGCAGCGUGUGCGUGGAGUUUACUUGAGGUGGAAAAAAUGAAGCCGACCGUGAGCGGCGCUGCAGAUCCUUCUUCCACAGCACCGGCAGACAACAACGCAGGCAGGAGGAGGAGGCAGCACCGGGCUCCCUCGCCGGCUACAGCCCAGGAGGGGGCAUUAAAGAUUGUUCCCAGACACCCGGGCAGCUCCAGGCCUCCUGAUCGUGCACGGAGAAGCGGGGAUCUUGGGUUGAGGGACAGCCUGAGCACCGCAGACAGAAGGGAGAGGGAGCCCGAGAGCCGCGGAGGGGCAGCUGUUCACCCGGAUGGUGCUGAAGCUGAGCUUGUCAGACCAAACAGGGCGGAUGCUGUCGAGGAAGAUCCGGCAGAUUUCCCAGUACCGACUCUAGGCUCUGCCUUACCCCGCUUUAAAGGUGACUCCACACAGCCUUUGUUUUCCGGCAGAGCUUAUUCGCUGAAAGAAAAGGAGAGGGAGCCAGCUGAGAGAAGCGGACACGGGAAGAGAACCGACGUGUCCGCGGCCUGUGGAGCGGGCCUCGGUUUGGGUCUGUGGAAAGGGCGAUGCUUACAGGCUGAGCUGAUUCACUUCCACCUGCAGAAGAGACUCAAGAGGAGGGGAGCCAAGAUGCAAGCCAAAGCGGACAGCACUGGGACGUCGGAGACCGCCGUGGAAGAGCCGGAGCGGGCUGCAGAGGCGACAGAGGCGGGGUCCGUGACACAGCAGGACCAGGCCCUGGAGGAGGAGAUGGAGAGGCUGCUGGAGGAAAACGAAGAUCUCAAGUGUGAGAUUGAAGAAAUGAGGGCCGAGAUGGAUGAGAUGCGAGACACUUUCUAUGAAGAAGACACUUGCCAGCUCCAGGAAAUGAGGCGUGAGCUAGAGAGAGCCAAUAAAAACUGCAGAAUCCUGCAGUAUCGUCUGCGGAAGGCUGAGAGGAAGAGGCUGCGCUACGCCCAGACAGGAGAGAUCGAUGAAGAGUUGCUCAGGAGUCUGGAGCAGGACCUAAAGGUAGCAAAGGAUGUGUCUGUGAGGCUCCACCAUGAGCUGGAAAAAGUGGAGGAGAAACGCACUAAGACGGAGGAGGAGAACGAAAAGCUGAGACAGAAGCUCAUAGAGGUGGAAGUGACCAAACAAGCCCUGCAGAAUGAACUAGAAAAAACCAAAGAGUCUCAAAAGAGAAGAGGAAGCAAGGACGUCCAGAAGAGUGACAAGAAAGCAGCACAGACUCCCACCGAGGAGGACAAUGAGGACCUGAAGUGCCAACUAGCUUUCAUCAAAGAGGAGGCUGUGCUUAUGAGGAAGAAAACAGCCAAGAUUGACAAGGAGAAGGACCGGCUAGAGCAAGAGCUGCAGAAAUACCGUUCGUUCUAUGGAGAACUUGACAGUACCCACCCAAAAGGGGAGGCUGGGGGGCCACCCACCACGCGUGAGUCAGAGCUGAAGCUACGCCUUCGGCUGGUGGAGGAGGAAGCCAACAUCCUCGGGAGAAAGAUAGUUGAGUUAGAGGUUGAGAACCGUGGCUUGAGGGCUGAGCUUGAUGACCUCCGUGGAGAAGGAGAGAGCGGUGGAGGCUCGGGUUGUGGAGCGACGGGUGGGCCGGGCGCAGGCCGAGGCCUGGGGGAUGAUCUGACAGAGCUCAGACAACAGCUACAGCUGGUGGAGGACGAGGCAGAGCUCCUGAGGAGAAACCUGGCUGAUGCUGAGGAACAGAACAAGAGGGUGACAGCUGAGCUGAACAAGUUACGCUUUAAAGCUGGCACUCAUGAAGGAGGUGCCAGGCAUGGAGGAGGAGGAGGAGUUACAGGAGGAGCAGGCCUUGAUGGAGCAAAGGCAGAAGCCCUCCAGGAGGAGCUGAAAGUUGCAAGACUGCAGAUUAAUGAUCUAAGUGGCAAGGUUAUGCAGCUGCAGUAUGAGAACCGAGUGCUCCUCUCCAACAUGCAACGCUACGAUCUGGCUUCUCAUCUCUCCCUGCGGCCGAGCCCACGGGACAGCGAUGCAGAGAGCGAUGCUGGUGGCACGACGAGUGGUCGCCGAGAGAGCGACGAGGACUCCACCUCAUCCCGCCUGCUCCCUCCUCACCGCAAACGCGAGGGUCCUGUUGGUGGGGAAAGUGACUCAGAUGAGGUGAGAAACAAUAACGGCAGCAGUCGCUGCUUGACGCCCACCCGGGGCCUCUACACCCCUACUGGGCCAGAGGGCGCCGCCUCCUCCGCCUUAUCCCGCUUCCUGCCUGGUGGCCGGUGCACCCUGCGUGAGCGGCAGCAGAUGAUAGACAUCCGCGUGGAAGCAGAGAGGCUCGUUCGCACCAUUGAUAGGCUCAUCGCCGAUACUGCGGCCAUCAUCUCGGAGGCGAGGGUCUACGUUUCAAAUGGCGACUUAAUGUUCGGGAGGUCCGGCGAGGAGGGUGGGGAAGAGGAUGGGAGCAGAAUCAGGGAACAUGAGCUGCUAUAUCGCAUUAACGCCCAGAUGAAAGCCUUUCGUAAGGAACUGCAGGCCUUCAUAGACAGACUGGAAGUGCCGAAGCUAGAGGACAGGGAGUCAGAGGAGCCGCUGUCGAUGUUCCAGCCAAUCAUUUUACUCAUCCUCAUACUCGUGUUAUUCUCAUCCCUCUCUUACGCCACCAUCUUCAAGCUCGUCUUUCUUUUCACUCUUUUCUUUGUUCUGUGAUGCACACCUCCCUUUAACACACG